AUGGAUUUCGGAGGUGGAGAGGACCUGGUUCCCUGCGGGAAAGACAAAUUCAUCUCCAAGUCCGUGCUGAAGCCCAGCACCCUGCCCGACAUCCAGGUGACGGAUGCAGAGGCCACACCCAACACGGAGGCUCCCGGGAAUGGCACAGGGUCGGUUCAUCUCCCUCUUCAUCACCUUUCUUGCCGUUUCCCUCCCAUCCAGGUCGCUCAGUACAUCAAGUUUGAGAUGCCCAUCCUCAGGAGCUUCAUCCAGAAGCUGGAGGAGGAGGAGGACCGUGAAGUGAAGAAGCUGAUGCAAAAAUACACCAUCCUCCGGGUGAUGAUCAAGCAGAGGCUGGAGGAGAUCUCGGAAGGUCCGACUGCGAUGUGAGACCCUCCACCAGAGCCAUGUGCCUGUAGGAUGUACUGUACCAAAUCCCAAAGCCCCAGCAUUCCCAGAACAUUCCCAGUGUCCGUCUGGAUCGCUCCAGCUCUGAGCCAGCCCAUCCUCCCGUGCCUUCACCUGCGCAGCGUCCUCGGGAGGUUCCUCCUCGGCACGUGGGGCUCUUCCCAGCAAGGCUCUGGCUGGUGGCAGCUUCAGCCAAAACCUCAAAUCCCUGGAAAACACAGGGAAAAACAGGGAAAAAAAAAAAAAAAAAGAGAGAGGAAAUCCAUGAGCAGCACAAUGAGGGCUACAGGUGCUCCAGAGCAGGAAUUUGGGGCUGAGUCUGGGGACACCCACACAGAGGCCCCGCUGCUCGGUGGCAGGAGAGCACCAACAGUUACAACUCCU